AUGCGGAUCAGACCUUGUGAUAUGCGUGCGGCGUGGGGGCGGCACCGGUGGCUGCCCCUGUUGCUGCCCCAGUGUAGGAGCGUAGACCAGGCUCUUGUAGAGUUUGGGUGGAUGCAAGGGCUGGCGCCGGACAACAUAGUGCAAGGCAACGCAGUGCAAGGCAACGCAGUGCAAGGCAACAUAGUGCAAGGCAACGCAGUGCCAGGUAACACAGCGGCACGCAGGCUGCUGCGCGGCUGCGCCGCGCGGUUCCGCGGUGUGCCCUUGCAGUACGUGCUGGGCUCGCAGCCGUUCGGUGCCGCUGAGCUGGUGUGCAGGCCCGGCGUGCUCAUACCCCGGUGGGAGACAGAGGAGUGGGCGCUGAAGCUAGCCAGGGCCAUUGCGCGGUACAGCUCGCAACAGCCUCUAGCACAGCCGCUGAAACUGACGCUGGUGGACCUGUGUACUGGCACCGGGUGCGUGCCCAUAGGCAUCCACGAUGAGCUUGCCCGUGCGCCCUCCCUGAUCAAGUACACCGCGGUCGACGUCUCGCCACAGGCCAUCGACCUGUGCCGGCUGAACGUCGGCCGGCGGGCCAUCGAGGUUAAGCAGGUGGACGUGCUGCGCCAGGACUCGCCGGCGGAUAUCGUGGGUGGGCUUGGGCCCGGGCGUGGGCUUGGACUUGGGCGUGGGCCAGCGAUAGAUAUACUGCUGUGCAACCCGCCAUACAUCCCGCGCAAAGCGUUCACGAGAACCACUGCGAGGUCAGUGAGGCUCUACGAGCCCAGGCUGGCCCUCAUCGCCGACAAAGAGUUCUACAAGAACCUGGUGGACGUGUGGUCUCAACAUACUAACUCAUUUGUGUAUGAGAUCGGGGACUCGUCGCAGUACGAGUACGUAAAGCAGGCCCUGGACCCGAGUGUCUGGUCUGUAGGACUGCACAUCGACUCCAAUGGCUGUCCCAGAGCGGUCUAUGGCUACAGAAACAGUAUACCAUCAAUUGCAUACAUAUUCGAGGAGUUUAAACAGCCAAGGUAUGUAUGA